AGGGAAACGCGGGAAGGAGGGGCGGGGCCUCUGGUGGCGGUAGGGAACUGGAGGGGAGGCGGCAACAUUGUUUCAAGUUGGACAAAUUGACAAGAGCGAGAGAUACACUCCGUUCCAUCCCGACCUGGGGCUGCAGAGCUGGGCCGGUUUCCCCCUCCUCCACUCCCCGAGAGCCGGGGCCAGCCUUUUGCAGGGUUCCCAGGCCCCAGCUCCAGGGCCGGGCUGACCCGACUCGCUAGCGCUUCAUGGAGAACUUCCAAAAAGUGGAAAAGAUCGGAGAGGGCACGUACGGAGUUGUGUACAAAGCCAAAAACAAGGUGACGGGAGAAGUGGUGGCGCUUAAAAAAAUCCGCCUGGACACUGAGACAGAGGGUGUACCCAGUACUGCCAUACGAGAGAUCUCUCUGCUUAAGGAGCUUAACCACCCUAAUAUUGUCAAGCUGCUGGAUGUCAUCCACACGGAAAACAAACUCUACCUGGUUUUUGAGUUUCUGCAUCAGGAUCUGAAGAAAUUUAUGGAUGCCUCUGCUUUGACUGGCAUUCCUCUUCCCCUCAUCAAGAGCUAUCUGUUCCAGCUGCUCCAAGGCCUAGCCUUCUGCCAUUCUCAUCGGGUUCUGCACCGAGACCUCAAACCUCAGAAUCUGCUUAUCAAUGCAGAGGGGGCCAUCAAGCUAGCAGACUUUGGACUAGCCAGAGCCUUUGGAGUCCCUGUUCGUACUUACACCCAUGAGGUCGUGACCCUGUGGUACCGAGCACCUGAAAUCCUUCUGGGCUGCAAGUACUACUCCACAGCUGUAGAUAUCUGGAGCCUGGGCUGCAUCUUUGCUGAGAUGCACCUAGUGUGUACCCAGCACCAUGCUAGGUGCUGUGGGGAACACAGAAGAAAUGGAAGACACAGUCUCUGCCCGCUGUGCUCCUAUCUAGAAGUGGCUGCAUCACAAGGAGGGGGGAUGACCGCAGUGUCUACCCCACACCCCGUGACCCGCCGGGCCUUAUUCCCUGGAGAUUCUGAAAUUGACCAACUUUUCCGGAUCUUUCGGACUCUGGGGACCCCAGAUGAAGUGGUUUGGCCAGGAGUUACUUCUAUGCCUGAUUAUAAGCCAAGUUUCCCCAAGUGGGCCCGGCAGGAUUUUAGCAAAGUUGUUCCUCCCUUGGAUGAAGAUGGACGGAGCUUGCUAUCGCAAAUGCUGCACUACGACCCCAACAAGCGGAUUUCGGCAAAGGCAGCUCUGGCUCACCCUUUCUUCCAGGAUGUGACCAAGCCAGUACCCCACCUUCGACUCUGAUGUCUUUCCCCCAGCCCCUACCCCAAGUCUCACCCUCUCCUCCAAAGGGCCCUCAUUUGGCUUGGCCCUGGGCUAUUUGCCCUCCGUUCUGGUCUGGCUGCCUUCACACCCACCUCCCCCUCUUAGCCAGCCAACUUGGGAUAUAAGGGGUAGAGGGGAGAAACAGGUGAAAAUGAAAGGAAGCUUCAGUAUUAGAUGCACUUAAGUCCCUCCAUCACCCUCUCCCCCUCCUCUUAGUCAUUGCUGAGGAGGGCUGGUAUUAAAAAAAAAAAAAAAAA